AUGGGAAAACCUCAGCACACCAUUCAUAUGAUUAUCAGGGGAACCAACGUUUCCCAGGGACCCGUAAUCAAGCGGAUAAAGGUUUCCGCAGCAACACAAGGGCAAACCUGGGGUCGGGCGUCUGAGGACAUCCUCGCAUUCAGCAAAGAAGACUUCGAGACUCUAUCUCAUCCGUACAACGAUGCACUGGUAAUCUCAUUUCUCUUAAAUAACAUCCAAAUUAAACAUGUACUCAUGGAUCCAGGUAGCUCGGCCAAUGUAAUUAGAUCGACGGUCGUAGAGCAGCUCGGAUUGGUCGAUCAGAUCAUACCUACCUCCCGAAUCCUCAACAGCUUUAAUAUGGCCGGCAAAGUAAUUGAAGGAGAAAUCACUCUCCUGGUUAAUAUAUCAAAUGCAAUUCAAGAUACCAGGUUCCAUAUCAUUAAAUGUGAUACAAGGUACAAUGCCUUGCUCGGUAGACCAUAG